GAGCGGCGAGGGGGGCGGGGGAGGGGCUGAGCUGCCGGCGGUUCACCUGGAGGAACAGGUGCCUGGCUAUAACAAACCAUGCGAUGAGCCAUGCCCGGCCCCAGACACCCCCGCCCGUCAUCUGGGCCACCACGUUUGGGACCCUGGGAACAAGCCACAGAGCUAUGUCUGGAGACAUACGAUAAGCCAGCCCAACCUUCACCGAGCCACCGAACUCACAGGCCAGACCCCAAGGACCCAGGCCACUAUGGCCCCGAAAAUGUCACCUUCAUCUCUAGCUCAAAUGAGCCAGGUGCCGAACCCCCUGCCUGCUGCCUGCUCUGGCGACCCUGGGUGUGGGACUGGUGCCGUGCUGCCUUCUGUUUCCGCCGCUGCCGGGACUGCCUCCAGCGCUGGGGAGCCUGUGUGCGGGGCUGCAGUCCCUGUUUACCUGCUGGGGACUCCACGGAGGGGCCUGCCGAAGCCAGCUGGGCCAAGGAACACAACGGCGUGCCUCCCAGCCCUGACCGUGCACCUCCCAGCCGGCGGGAUGGCCAGCGGCUCAAGUCAAAUGUGGGCAGCAGUUUUAGCUACCCUGACGUCAAGUUCAAAGGCAUCCCUGUCUAUCCUUACCGCAACACCACGUCCUCAGCCCCAGAUGCGGACUCUUGCUGCAAGGAGCCGCUGGCCGAGCCCCCGCCCAUGCGGCACAGCCUGCCCAGCACCCUCGCCAGCAGCCACCGCGGCUCCGAGGAGUAUUACUCCUUCCACGAGUCAGACCUGGACCUUCCCGAGAUGGGCAGCGGCUCCAUGUCCAGCCGCGAGAUUGAUGUACUCAUCUUUAAGAAGCUGACAGAGCUGUUUAGCGUGCACCAGAUCGACGAGCUGGCCAAGUGCACGUCGGACACUGUGUUCUUGGAGAAGACCAGCAAGAUCUCAGACCUGAUCAACAGCAUCACGCAGGACUACCACCUGGAUGAGCAGGACGCCGAGGGCCGCCUGGUGCGUGGCAUCAUCCGCAUCAGCACCCGCAAGAGUCGCACCCGCCCACAGACCUCCGAGGGGCGCUCCACGCGGGCUACUGCCCCUGCCACCACUGCACCUGACAGUGGCCAUGAGACCAUGGUGGGCUCAGGUCUCAGCCAGGAUGAGCUCACAGUGCAGAUCUCCCAGGAGACCACAGCAGACGCCAUCGCCCGGAAGCUGAGGCCUUAUGGAGCCCCAGGGUACCCAGCCAGCCAUGACUCGUCUUUCCAGGGCACCGACACAGACUCGUCUGGUGCCCCUCUGCUCCAGGUGUACUGCUAACCCCACCAGGCCCCACGACGCCGCCCUCCCUGGGAGAAGCAUGGCCUGCAGAAUGAGGGGCCGGAACCCUGCUCUUGGGGGUGGCUUGGCCAUGGACCCAGCAGUGUCC